AUGGGUGACCGAUACAAUAUCUUGAGCCAGUUGGAACAUUUGCAGUCAAAGUACAUGGGAACUGGUCAUGCAGAUACCACCAAGUUUGAGUGGCUUACUCAUCAGCACAGGGACACUUAUGCUUCUUACAUGGGACACUUUGACAUGCUGAAUUACAUUGCAAUCUGUGAGAAUGAGUCCAAGGCUCGGGUUAGAUUCAAUCUCAUGGAGAAGAUGCUUCAACCAUGUGGACCUCCUCCUGAGAAACCAGAAGAUUGA